GUGCUGCGUGAAAGGCUGAGCAGGGAAUGGGCGGAGUUGGCUGAGGAUUGAUUUUAUGCUCCGUAGCUGUUGUCUGAGCUGUGCUGUCAGAGCUGCUUUGCUGCAGUCAAGCAGGAGACUGGGCAUGCUCAAGACUAGCACUGCAGCCGUACAUCAGCCACAAUGUGCCCGAGAGAGUGGCAGUAUCUGAGGGAAUGAGAGACGGAGGAAGGGACAGUGGAAGACACACAGAUAGGCAGGCGGGCAGCGAGUGGCAAAUAGAGAGGAAAAACACAGACAAAGAAAGCUUGAGAGAAAGACCCAAAGAGAGAUGGACUGAGAGACAGAACGAAUCGAAGGUAUAGAGGUUAAGAGAAGAAGAGAAGAGGGGAGCGUGAGAGAAAAGCAAGCGAGAGUGAGAUGAACUGAGACACGGAACAAAUCGUAGACCCAGUGAAAGAGAAAAAACCCAGGCGGAGAAAGUGAGACGGGGAAAGUAAGCGGGGGAAAAGGAGGGCGGAGAGAGAGGUAGAGCAGGGAAGGAGAAAGAGAGAGGUGUAGAGAGCCAGAGCAGAAAGGGAUCAACCUAAGGUCCUCUGUAGUGCUCUGCCUCCAUGUAUGCCUUUUACUCCUUACUGGUCUACAUCUUCUAUACUCUGUUCAAAGCCAACGCAGAUGAGGAAGAGGAGAAUGGAGGGACUGUACGUGACGAAGGCUCAGCUGAGGACCAAGGCUACAUUUCCAUGGACACCAAGACCAGGCCUGGGAGAGAUGAGAGCUCUUUGUCCAGUGAUGAACAAUGGACUGAAUGGACAGAUGCAGAGAGUCCUUCAGACAGUGAUGGGCUAGGGGACAGCGAUGAUGGCUGGCUGGCUGCUAAUGCCUCUUCACCACUCAGCGAGUUUCUGGCCUUGAAGCAGGAAGCAGCCGGGGGAGCCUUUGCGCAGCUUGACAAGGAGACCCUGAACAGCAAGCCCCCACAAUCCCAUCUGCUGUCAGUCAUGUCCCACCUCCUCACCUUCCUGGAGCAGUACUCUAACAUGCAGCGGCUGCAGGAGAAGGCGGCUCAGUACAAGGCUCGCCUGCUGAGGCAGGAGGCUCUCGGGAAGCAGCGGGAGAAGGAGUUGCGGAGGGCGUACCGGCAGAAGGUCAGAGACAAGUGCAGCCUCAUCCAGAGUCUCCAGGAUGUGGUCAGCGACCAGCAGGGCCUGGUGUGCAAACUGCAGGAAGAGAGAGCUAGAUUGCCAGACAACAGCCCUCCAAGUCCUUCCAGCUCUCUAUACCAAACUGACGCUCCAUUACCCACUGCCAACACCCCACUCUCUUCUGCAUUUCCAAAUCCACCCCACACUUUAUCCCUCUUUACUUCGCCAACAUGCUCCCUUACCUCUCCAUCAGGUUCCUCUGCACAAUCCCCAAGCUCCUCUGCCCACUCCCCAUGCCCAUUUACCUCUACAUACUCCUGUGCCCACAGUCCAUGCCCUCCCCUCUCCUCCCCAGUUGGAGUGCACAGGCUGGUGGAGUCUAUUAGUUCACUGCAGAGCGAGAGGUCAAAACUCAUGGCUCAACUGACAUCCGUAAAGCAGGAGCUGGAAUACGGGCAGAAGGAGAGGGAAAAGCUAACAGUCAGCUUCCAACUCCAGAUCUCAGACCUCAACCAACAGAUCAAGGAGCGAGAGGAGGCGGUGGCACAGCUCAGAAUGGAGAGUGGAGUGACCGACUCGGAGAAACGCAUUCAACAUCUGACCAUGGAGAACGAGAGUCUGAAACAGAGCCUUGGUUUGACUCAGGGUCUCCUGCAGCAGAUUACCACCGUCCCAGCCCAGCCCUCUGCUCUCCUGCUGAAGGAGAAUGAAGAGCUGAGAGGAAAAGUGUGGAGACUCGAGAGCAACAUGCAGAGUAAGUUGGAGGAGCUGGUGAGGAUGGAGGGGCAGCUGAGUGACAUGCAUUGGAGGAAGGAGGCCGAGAUACAAGGCCUUGAUCAACGCAUGAGAGGGCUGGAGCUGGAGCUGGAGAAGCAGCGGGAGAAGCCUAUGGAGAUACAGUACGUGACUCAGAUGGUGGAAGUAGAGUCCCCAACAACACUCAGAUCACUUCGGGAGUGUGAGGAACGGAACCGGCAUCUCCUGGAGCAGGUGACACACCAGGGCGAGAGGUGCUGCCAACUAGAGCACCAGCUGAGGAGCUCCCAGGAAACCAGUUCUCAGCUCAAAUACAAGAUUGUGGCGUACGAGGCGGAGAUUGAGAAAUUGAGCAGGGAGCUACGGCAGGAGAUCAGCCAUUUAGAGGCCAGUAAGGAGGAGGCGGUGAGGGAAGCAUCUCAGUGCUCUGAAAAACACCUGGAUCAGCUCCGAGAGCAGUUCUCAGGAAUACAGCAGCGACUGACAACAAUGCAGCCUUUUCUCAGGUCAAUGAAGAGCGAUUAUAACAGCUUGAGGAGUCAGGUCAAGAGCUUCUCCCAGUUUUACGAAGCAGCUAUAAUUGAAGCCAAGAAGCAGAUGUGCUCAGCAGUGGCAGAGGCAUGUGAGACCAGCCGGGACACAGAACAACGGUACCAGAAGGAGAUUGUGCUAAGGAAGAAGUACCACAACCAACUGGUAGAGCUGCGAGGGAACAUCCGGGUGCUGUGCAGAAUCAAGCCCUUGAUCCAGACUGACAAGAAAGAGGAGGACACUCCAACGCCAGUGACCCUCAACCCUGCCAAUGACUGCAGGAUCACAGUGCUGUACAAGGCGAGAGAGAGGAGUUUUGAGCUCGACAAAGUAUUCAUCCCCGAGGCCACACAGGAGGUGGUGUUUGAGGAGAUCGAGCCCCUGGUCACCUCCUGCAUCGAUGGCUACAACAUCUGUAUAUUUGCCUAUGGGCAGACGGGCUCUGGUAAAACCUACACCAUGGAGGGGGAGACUGAUAAUCCAGGGAUUAACCAGCGGGCCCUGCGCGCUCUCUUCAAGGAGAUUGAGACCAGGACUGGGACAUGGAGCUACACUGUCUCACUCAAUCUGGUGGAGAUCUACAAUGAGCAUUUGAGAGACCUCCUUGGGAAGGAUCCCCAGGAGAAACUGGAGAUCAAGCUGAAUCCCGAUGGAAGUGGACAUCUCCAUGUGCCAGGCUUGACACUGGUCGAAGUGAAACGAUUUCAAGACAUUAGGAAGGUCCUGGCUUUGGGACGGAAGAAUCGUGUGACGCAGAGCACGAACAUGAAUGAGCGUAGCUCCCGCUCUCAUGUUCUGCUCACUGUCACCGUGUCUGGGACUGAGAUCAACACGGAUACCAAGACAGUGGGGAAAAUGAACCUGGUGGAUCUGGCAGGGUCUGAGCGUGUCUGGAAGUCAGGGGCAGAGGGUGAGCGGCUGAAAGAGGCACAGAAUAUCAACAAGUCUUUGCUCGCUCUCGCUGACGUGAUCCAGGCUCUGCGAGCUAAGCAAAACCACGUGCCUUUCCGCAACUCCAAACUCACCUAUCUUCUCCAGGACUCACUGGGCAAGGGCAACAAAACAGUCAUGGUGGUGCAGAUUUCCUCUCUGGAAGAGAACGUGGGUGAGACCAUGUGCUCACUGAAGUUCGCUCAGCGCGUGUGCAAAGUGGAACUGGGACCAGCGGCCAGGAGAGUGGAGGCCACAAGCUAGCCAGGGGCAGACCCCUGACUCAUCCCCUACCACCGGAGAAGGGUUGAAUGCGUAGCAUGCUCCACCACCAAAAAAUGUAUUGCAAAUAUUGUUUCAGAGGCUAGACUGUUGGUUUGUGACUGGAAGAGGGAGUGAGUCAGGAUGCUCCUUGGCCCACCAGUAAAGGAUGGUCGGUGGUUUGAAUCGUCAAUGUUUGGUGCUGUGCUUUUCAUGUCUGGACUGUUACAAGAGAAACCAUGGAUGGAGCGAGGGGGGAGUAUAUUUUAUUUGAGGUACCGCAAACACCUGGAGUAUUUUGUGGUAAGAUCUGUGUGAGGGAUGAACUGGGUGCAAGAGUUGAGCACUCUGAUGUAUUUCAUGAGCGAUGGGCGGCGGGGGGGGGGAAGAGAGAAAGUUUGUAGGUGACUUCAACCGGAUUCAUACCCCACUUUUCUAUUCUUUCACAUUUGUUUCCAUUUUUAUUUAAAAAAAAUACAUUUGUACCAACAAGGACAAGGAGUGCCUUUUUUAAGAGCCCUGAAAACAAAAAGUAUUUGAAAGAAUAAAAACUGAUUUGCCUUGAAAAA